AGGACGUGAUUUGGAGAGUCAUCACAGAAAAUAUAAAGCACUAGAGGGAAAAAUGCACCCAACUAUCUCAGUUUGUUGUUUUUCGCUGCUGCUGCUUAAUUUCAUAGGAGCUAAACCCAUUUCUGACAUACAGAGUUUGACGCAGCUUUUAGAGGAUGAGAUCAGCAACAUGCCUAUCUCUUCUGAGGAGGCAGAUGUGGGGGAAAGUGACUUCGUCUCAGACAAGUCGAUGCUGAGAGCUCCAGAGCAGCAGGACCAGCAGCCAUGGAGCUCCUCUGACCUCCGCAAAUCUGCCCUAUUGGCUAAAGAUAACCAGUUAGCACAUUUUCUGAAAGAUCUCCUAAAGACCUCCAAACGAUCAUGGGGCCGCUACAAGAAGGCAGGCCUGCGGAGCUGCUUCGGGGUCCGUUUGGAAAGAAUUGGCUCCUUCAGUGGACUGGGAUGCUAAGGUCCAUCACAAUGACGCCGCAGCACAGUCGGCUCUCACAGAGACGUUACUGAGACUUUAAAGGAGAGCUGCAGCAGUGAUUGUUCUUACUCAGAACAUGGAUUUAUUGCAUUACAUUGAGUUUUCUUAAAUGAAAGCUGCUGAAUUCUAAUUUAUUGUUUGUGUAUUUAUUAUUUAUGGUUUUAAUGGAUAAAGUCAA